AAGGCAAGCAAAAACCACACGGAAAGCAAUGAGUCGUGUUAUGUUGAUGCAGUCGUGGAAUUCCACGUGUAGUAACAUCUUAAGGAGAUCUCUUUACCGUUCUCCAGCUGUUUUUCAAACUCAUAGACACUAUGCAACUGAUAUCAAAGACCAUAUUGAAGAAGUAGAAAAUGUCAGUAAGGAAGAAGAAUCAGCCAAGCCUGAACCACCGGUUACUGAAUCUGACUCGUCUAGAAUCAUUACUUCCAAUGUAAUUGAGGACACAAAAUUACAUCCAGCUCUUAAAGCUGCUUUCAUUAAGAGUGUUGGACCAACUUUAACUCCAGUUCAAGAGCAAUGUAUCAACGAGUUUUUAGAAUCCAAGCAUGGUAUUGUUGUUCGUGCUAAGACUGGUACAGGUAAAACAUUUGCAUUCGGUAUUCCUGUUAUUCACUCUGUUUUGAAAUUGAAGGAUCAAAAUAUGAAGCAGGCUGACAGAUAUGUCAACUCUGUUGUUUUCUCUCCAACUCGUGAUCUUGCCUACCAAACCCGUCAAUCUUUAUCUGAUUUAUGGAAUGCCUCUCUCGCCAAAUCAAAUCAUGCUCCAAGCAAAAGAGGCUCUUAUCCUAAGAAGUCAAGAUUACCGAACAGUGAAAAAAAUUUGAUUCCUUUAGUCAUCGGCCAGACUCCUUAUAAAGCUACUAUGUCUCAUUUUGUCAGUAAGGAAGUUCCACCAAUUGUUGUUGCAACCCCGGGUAGAUUCAUGGAUAUGUUGCAAAAUGAACCUAAAUUCAGAACAUCAUUCAAGCACCUUCAAAAUAUCAUCAUUGACGAAGCUGAUGAACUUUUAAAUGGUAAUUUCAAAGAAGAUAUCAACAAGAUUAUUGACGAAUUGGUUUCAAUCCGCGAGCCAAUACCCGGUGUUGAAGCUGAAAGCCCAGAUCUCAAGCCUAAAACCAUGCUUUUUUCGGCUACCGUUAAUGAUGAUGUCUUUUAUCUUGCUGAACGUGCUAUUAGUAAUGACUUUCCAUUUGUCGAUGUCACUGGUAACAAAGCACAGGAAGUGAAUGAGAACAUUAGCCAAACCUUAGUGCAAACCGAAUCCGUUUUUGAUACCUACGUUGCGGCAGUUCAGUUCGUUCUAAGUCAUGCUCACGAGAAGAAUUUUAAACCAAUUAUUUUUUUGAGUACCACUUCAUCGGUUGAUUUCAUUUCUAAAUUGUUGAUGGAUGUUUUGAGAAAUGAAAAUUCUCGUCGUCGGGUCUUGGCAUUCCACGGCAAACUAACUCAAGGAAAGCGUGAUGCUUCUCAGAGAAUAUUCCGUGAAAAGGAUAAUGCAAUUCUUGUUGCAUCGGGUAUUGGUGCUAGAGGUAUGGAUUUCCCUAAUGUAUCCCAUGUUAUUCAAAUUGGUGUUUCCUCUGAGAUUGAUUCGCAUACACAUAAAAUUGGACGUACUGGCCGUGCAGGUAAGCAAGGUGAUGCUCUGCUCUUUACUUCCAAAUUAGAAGAACCAUUUGUGAAAGCUUUGAGAAAGAAUGGUAACAAGUUUACUGAGACUAUAGAAUUUGACGGUGAGUCACCAGAGGCACAAGAAGUUGCAGAAACAAUUGUUGGUCAAACCAGAUCAUACCUUGAUUUGGACGACACUUUUUUCAAAUCUAUCACUCAUUAUCGUAACAUUCCUAGCAAAGUCGCUAACUUGAAUUUGACCGAACUUUCGAUUGACGUUGCAAAAACCUAUAUGAAGUUAAUGGGCACCGAUGGUGUUCAAAGUGACGGUGAAUCUGAUGAUGAUAAUUCUGGGAAACUUACAAUGUCUUACAACAUGGCAAAGAACCUCGGUUUGGACACUAGAAAAAUUGAAGAUUACUUUACUUUGACAGGUAGACGCCCUAACGAUUCACGUUCUAAUGGUAGUCGUGGCGGUCGUGGCGGAUACAGCAAUGACAGGAACUCAAAGAGAGGCUCUUGGUCAAACAAUGACAGAUCAAGCAAUGACAGAUCAAGCAACGAUAGAGGUGGGUAUAACAGAAAUAGACAAAGUGGUAAGUCUAGCAGAGGUGGUAGAGAAGGAGACGCUGAUAAAAGGUACUCACGCUGGUAAAUUAAAUGCACUGUACAUAGCUACUAAAAAGCACUACACACAAUUGUUAAGUAACAUUUUGACUUUUCAUUUAUUUAUAUACUAAACAAGGAGUAUUUCAAUGGAUGAUUAUUUUUUGAAGUCAAGAACCUUUUCUGAUUCAAGUGUAUGAUGCACAUUUUCUUUUUUUCAAUUCAUGUACAUAUUGUUCUGUUUUCGGUUAUUCUAGUCGCUUUUUUUAUCAUUAUCGGUACUUUUUUAAUCUAUAUAAUCUAAUCAAAUGAAUUUAGCAAAAACUUUUGGUUUGAAAGCAAAUUUUCCACAGCAACGUGUUCCACUGAUCCCGCA